AUGUCUGUCCCUGUAUUCUUUGAUCUCUCGGUAAUAAUAAUGUUAAAAGCAAGAUCAUAUAGCAAUAAUCUUUGUAUAUUACUAGUUUUAAUAUUAUCGUUUGUCGCUUGCACAUUUGGAGAGAAUGAUAAUUCACGUGAUAUACCCGGUCUAAGAAAUUCAACAUUCAUUAUAAUUGGUAUUAUAGUUAUUGUUUCACUGAUAUUAUUAUUGGUUUUAUUCAUCUUUUAUUGUCGUGUUCAAGAGGAGAACUCGGUUGGUGCUGCUUUUGGAAGUGGUGGAGGUGCUUGGUCAUCUGACCUACUCAAAAAGAAAGAAAGAAAAGAUGGUUUAAAACCAUUGUUGGAUUAUGAUUCUAGUACCGAUGAAGAUGACUUUAACUCUACUAAUUUUAAUGAUGAAAAUAUCGUAUAA